GAAUUCAUAGCAAAAACAGGCGGUGACGGACCCGCAAAAUUUCUAAGAACCGCCGGCCGAAAAGUAUUUUGUGACGAAUUGGCUUCUGCUUACAGCUGGAAGGGGACCAGCUUAGUGCCAAGCGCCGAAAAGUGCUUUCUAAUAACAACGAUUAAAAAUAUUGGCCAUCUAAAAUACAAAAGCACAGACCAGGAAAUGAACGGUGUGCUUCAAAAGCAUUUUGUGCAUGCUAAAGACAGGAUAGCAAAACGAAAACUAACGAGAUCACUGCAAGAAAAAACGGGGAAGAACUCACGCAAUUGAUAAAAUGGAUUUUUUAAUUUAAGUACUUUUAACUUUUAUACACAUAGGGACAAAAGUAUUGGCACAGAGAACUUUU